GGACCUGCUAAAUGGCAGAAGCAUUUGUGCAUAUAUUUCGGACUUAAAUGUAAACACUGUGCCCACCACUACUUGCAACACCAAUAUUGACACGCAGAUACAGCAACUCACUGAUAUUGUCGAAACACUUAGCAAAAAAGUUGACUGUAUCUCAAAUAGUUCAAGUUCUAAGCCGCCUGCUCGGAUACCCAUAUGGCCAACUUACAAUGCGAAGCGUCGUCGUGGUGAAAAUGGUGAAGCAAUUCGUCCAGAUACGAAUCGGGGUACUAGCCAAAUUGAUUUUGGUGAUCUGUCUGUUCCUUUCGUAACACCCCCGGCAUCACAACCUAAAUUUUGGCUUUACCUAUCAGGCUUCCAGCCGUUGAUCAGUAAUGAGGAUGUGCAGAAGAUAGUUGCUCGCUGUUUGGAAUUAGAAGCCCCUUUUGAUGUUAUUCGUCUAGUACCUAAAGGAAUUGACACAUCAAACAUGACUUACAUCUCAUUCAAAGUUGGUCUGGAUCCAGCAUACAAGCAGCAAGCUCUUAACGCUGCGUGCUGGCCAACUGGUUUACUAUUUAGAGAGUUUGUUGAGAUUCCAAAAAACACAAUGAGACGGCCAUUCACCAACGAUCCACCACCAACGAUUCCAACACAGCAAUAAUUAGUAGUAGCGGAAAUGGUUUAAAUGCAACGCGAUUUUCAGUGGACGGUGGGUGCCUUCGGGCCCCCACCAGAGGCGAGUAUUUGAACGCAUCGUUCGGUUUAUCUGCAUUCAAUGAUUGUCCUUUGCAGCCACUAUCUUCCAAUGAUAUCAUGGUCUACUACCAAAACGUUAGAGGAUUGAGGACGAAAAUGGAUGACUUGUUCCUGAAUUCUGCAGAAUGUGACUUUGACGUGGUGAUUAUGACUGAAACUGGUCUUGACGAUUGCAUAACUUCUCUGCAGUUAUUUGGGACGGCCUACAACGUUUUUCGAUGCGACCGUUGUCAACGCAACAGUAAUAAAUCGCGCUUCGGUGGCGUGCUAAUAGCUGUGGCACAGCGAUACACUAGUAAAACGAUACACACGAUGGCUGGACAGAAUUUGGAACAAAUAUCUAUCGCCACGAAAAUUAAAGAUUCUCCAGCGAGCAUCUCCUGGAAUGGUGAAGAUUUACUGUGUGGCGACGGUGAAACACUAUCCGGAAAUCGAGGAUAGAAAACAGAAAAAAUAGCAUGCUACGACAAAAGCAAUAAGUGAAGUAUUGUCAGAAACAUGUAAAAAAGCAGGUUGAUGAUCUGAUUUCAAACAAAGAAGAUUGUUGUUUGCCAGUCGCUUCUGGUGUGUAACCACAACUACGGAACUCAAUGAAAUGAACUCGAUCUCGGUAGAAAUCCGAUAGAUUUUGGAGAGAACAAAAACAAAAAUACAAUAAAAAUAAUCAAGUACGGUUCCGAACUCAAGGUGCAAUAGAAAUAACUAGGACAAACUGCAAGACAACUCCUUCCGGGGUGCUAGAGAAACGAACGAAAAAAUUCCCUUCUUUCUGGUUGACCCAUUCUCAAAACAGAAAGCAAUUUCCAGCCAAUAUACAGAAACACACACACACCCAUGCACUAGCUCGCGCUAGGAUACGGAAAUGCGUGCAAUAGUCGUCCGCUCUGGUUCGAUGCAGAAAGGAAGAAAAUUUACAUAAAUAGUUUACGUUUCACAGUCCAGUGAAUAGUUUAAGUGGUUUCGUGAAACGCCGUGAGAGAGAUUUUCCGGCUGGAGCAAAGUUGCAAGUUGUUCCCCCGGGGUGACGUCGAGGAAACGCGGGAGAAAAAGUUCUGAUUCAAUUUGGUCGGAAUUUAAAGUUAAUUGAGUGUUACACGGCCUACCCAGGGUGCCAGUUUCGCCGGGGGAGUGCUGUGUGUGUGUAUGUGGAUGUGGUUGUAUGAAAGUGUGGUUUGAAAUGCUAUAAAUAUCCAUUGUAUGAAACGUGCGGGUGUCUCCGGUCGUCUAGUCCGGGUUGGUUGGUCCGGUUCGUCGGAUCGUAGAGUGAAAGUCACAGUAGAAAGCACAGAAAAAAGUAAAGCUUCCCCUUUUGCGUCCAGCGACGUGAUAUGAAUUGCUUGUUCAACUUGUGCGCCAACCAGCACCAGCAGCAGCACCAUCAACGAAAACGAACCUUCUAGCAAUGGCCCAGAAGCAGCGCAACAAGUCGAGCAUGGAUUACGUAAGCCUCAGUUGCUGCACGCUGGCGUUUGCCCUGUAUGUCAACACGCUCAGCGCUGGAUUCGUGUACGAUGACAGACGAGCGAUCCUGGGCAAUCCGGACGUCCUGAGCUCCAGCAGCUGGUACCAAAUGCUGCACAAUGACUUCUGGGGUACACCGCUGACCGAUUCCGGCUCGCACGGUUCCUACCGGCCACUGUGUGUGGCCAGCUUCAAAAUCAACUACCUGCUGGACGGCUUCAAACCACUCGGGUAUCAUCUGGUCAAUGUGCUGCUGCACUGCGUGGCCACGGUUCUGGUCGUUAAGCUGGCCCGGCACAUUAUGCCGUCGCGGUACGGUUCGGCCGUCGCCGGAUUACUGUUCGCGGCCCAUCCAAUCCACACGGAAGCCGUGGCCGGAGUAGUCGGACGGGCGGAUCUGACCGCCUGUGUCUUCUACCUGCUCGCACUGCUCGCCUACAUCCGGCAUAUCCACUGGCGUCAGUGUACUGACUUACGUCACUGGCUGGCGCUCGGGCUCACGAUACUACUGGCAGUCGCCGCCGUCCUAUGCAAAGAAACUGCUGUGACAGCUUUAGUGGUUUGUGCAAUUUAUGAUAUCAUAAAAGGAUACGCUGGUUCCAGAGAUAAGAACCGCAUUCGAAGCAUAGGGAUCCUGAUUGUCGCAUUGGUCACCAUGCUGCACAUUCGACUCUCGUUGCCUCGACUGGCAACCCUGUUCUCUGCGGCCGAUAAUCCGACGGCUAAAAGCGGUUCCAUCUGGACACGAUUUCUAACGUUUUCGUACCUGCCGAUGUUCAACUUUCGAAUGCUCGUAUAUCCGGAUGUGUUGAGUUUCGACUGGGGCAUGGAUGCCAUUCCCCGGAUCAGCAGUUUGUUCGAGGGGAAAAACUUGCUCACCAUGCUGUUCUAUGGACUUUUGGUGAAGGCAGUGUGGAUCAACGGUCGAACAUUGAUGAGUCAAAGUUUGCCCAGUGUAAAUAGUAACUUCAAUAGGAAACUAGCUAGUAAACUUGCGAUGGCCCGGGCUGGCCAGGAAAGACACGUGGAAGAUUCGUGCAGCGACUGCAAACAUGAAUACAACCUCCAUCACUCGAACCAGUGCCGGGCCUUGCACAACAACAACAACAUGUCUUCUAUCGUGUGCGGGUGCUUCUAUCCGUCGUGUAAAUAUCUGUCACUUUCGCAUCCAUCUAGUUUUUUCCACCGGAUAGAUGACCAUAGUAAACUUGCCGUCUCGGCAGCCCCAGGAUGCGUCAAUGGCUACUGGCAGAAGCAGCAGUACUGGCAACGGAACAAACCAGUGUCCAACGGUUUUAGCAGUGAUCAUUUGCCGUUCAGUUUGACGAUGGAUACUUCUUCGAGGACGGCAUCGUCAUCAUCUUCUUCAUCAUCGUCGUCGUCGUCGUCGUCUUCGUCAUCAUCGUCAUCCUCAUCAUCAUCUACAUCUACAUCGUCAGCAUCAUCAGUGUCCUCGCUAACAAGUGAGGACCUGUCGACCAAACACAACAACUCCUCAGCCGCCAUCCUGAUCUCGAUCUCCCUGCUGAUCUUUCCUUUCCUACCGGCGACCAAUCUCCUUUUCUACGUCGGUUUCGUAGUUGCCGAACGCAUCCUCUACCUCCCCAGUGUUGGCUACUGUUUGCUGAUCGGUUUGGGGGUGAGCAAACUGAUCGACGGUACCACAACGGGAUUCCGUAGCAACAGUCCCCGAUCCAGUGCCGGUGGAUUCCGAGUGAAAAGUGCCGGCAAAAGUUCCAACAGUGAUGGUGAUAGAUACAAGUACCGGGCCGGUGGCCAUUCCGGUGCGGGUCAUAGUGCGAAACAUCACAAAAAUCAUUCCACGCCCGCCGGUAGCAGCGGUGCCGCGGCCAUUUCGCCGUCAGUGAAAAGUGCCAACAGUGGUCACAGUGCAAGGCAGAGUAGAAAAUUCGGUAGCCACGGAGGCUGUGGUGCCAGUGAUCGAUACCAAACACGUAAACGACAAAUCAUUUUACUGUGCUUCGGCGCGAUGUUGACCGUGUACAGUGGGAAAACCUUGCUGCGAAAUUGGGACUGGGCCGACGAGGAAAGUCUGUUCCGGAGCGCGAUUGGCGUGAAUCCACCGAAAGCACUUGGAAACCUAGGAAGUGUCCUUAGCGCACAAGGUCGCCAUCGGGAAGCCAAGGAGGCCCUGAAGGCAGCCCUUAGCUACCGCCCCAACAUGGCGGAUGUACAUUACAAUCUAGGAAUUUUACUACAAACCCAACAAGAGUACGCCGAGGCUGUGGAAAGUUUCCGAAAAGCGAUCCAGUUUCGACCAUCACUCGCACUUGCCUAUCUUAACCUGGGCACAUCGCUGAUAGCACUCGGACGCUGCCAGGAGGCGGCCAGUGUACUCCGCGAAGGCUCCAAACUGGACGGUUCCGGGUUACGCGAUCGGGCAGCCCACGACAACGCCCGGAUCAGUGCAAUGCUGCAGCUGGGCAAUCUGUAUGCGGACCAGGGCAAACUCCAACGGGCACUGGCCGUGUAUCGGGAGGCGUUGCACGUGCUGCCCGAUCGGUACCCACCGCAGGGCAUCUACCAUCGGUUGGGUGAAGUUUUUGCCCGUCUAAAUCAGUGGACCGAAGCGGAACGGUUUCAGCGUGCUGCCCUCGAAGCCCAACCGGAUCACGUUGCUGCGCACCUGUCGUACGGAUCCAUGCUGGCGAGGAAUAGCAGCCGAACUUCGGAAGCGGAACAGUGGUUUAAGCGUGCACUUCGACUGGCCCCAGCCGAUGCCAGUGUCUAUCAUCAUUAUGCCGACUUUUUGACCUCGGUUCGCCGGACGGCCGAGGCUUGCCAGUACCGCGUGAAAGCUGCCGAAUUGACUCCGGAUGAUUAUUCACUGGUGACAGCCGCAGCAUCGUCUCUACGUUUGCUGGAUCGGAAAUCCGAAGCAGAACGGUGGUACCGACAGGCCGUCAAACUUCGGCCGGAGGAGGCACGAGCUCACACAAAUCUAGGAGCCAUACUGCAUCUGCUGGGACGACCGCAUGAAGCUGCACGGAGCUACCAGGAAGCACUUAGGCUGCAACCGAACGAUCUGACUACUCUGACCAAUCUGGCCAAGCUGGGAAUAGCGGAGAUUUCCUGAGGAACGGUUCCAUCGUCCCCACCACAUCCACGGCCGGAUGCCACCGGUGGGGACGAUGAUUUGAGCUAGCUUAACUAAAAUCGGACCGGUAUCGAACCGUUGGCCGUUUACUGUACAGCUUCCAACAGGAUUUGUUGAGAUUUGCAGGGAUUGACACAUUUCUAUUUUUGCAUUGUUUCCAAGCGAUACACGAGGCAGGAAAGCAGGAAAGAAACAGUUAUGAAUUGUAUAAUGUAAAGACAUAUAGAUAUAGCAGGCAAUGAGAUAAGAACUGUUGGAUCAAAAAAAAGAUAAAAAGAAAAGGAUCAUAGGUAGUACAAGGAGAGUUUGUAUCAAAGAAAAAGAUGUCGUUAAUUACCCUGGCGGGACUAAUCAAUCACAGACUUAUAAAGGAAAUCUACAAACGGUGACAAAUUAGUUAGCCUAAGCAACUGUAUCAUAUAGAAAUACACACAGAGAUUAUUAUAUUAACAAAGGAUAGGACAAAUAAAAAGGCUUCGUCGAGAGUCAUUCUGUUGAGUUUUAGUUGAUGUACAAAUGGAAUUGAUAAAACAAAUUAGUUGAGUGACCAAUAAUGACUCGGCAUGUUUUGCGGAAGAUCAGCACCUACUGUAAAUAGGCAAGAAACAAUAGACAAAUACCAUAAAAAUUAAUACAAGUGUAGGUGUUCCCUAAUAGCAACAGCUGAAAGCAGUCGGUGUGAAUGAAAAUUUCAUUGCUUCAAUAUUAAAAAAAUGAUGAUAAUGAUGAUGUUGUUGUUUACGAAUGCGAUAGUUGAAUGCGAGCACGGAGAGAUAGAAAAAUAAGUGAUUGAAAUAUUAUAUGAAGCACUUAGUUUAUAUUACAACGGAGCAAUGGGAGUUAAUGCCGCCAGAAUAAAUGAAACUGUUAUAGACAAUGCGAUAUAUAUGCAAUCGAUGCAUACAGUUUAUUACCGGAAGCAACACCCACACAUGCUAGGAACAAACAUAAACUUCUGUAUAAUAAUGCCCAACAACAUCACUCGGCGGGAAUAUGUAUAUUAAAGAGUAAAACUGAAACAGAUCACAACUUAUAAGGCUAUACAAUUUCUGAAUAAAAAGAUUUGUUAAAAAAUA